CCAUAUAGAUCGAGAGCCACCAUUUCAUUGUUCAUUUUGAUCUAAUGCACCCUAUUGUGGCCAUUACAGAGAAAGGAGACAGAAGGUGUCGGCAGACCGAUAAUUACUGCUAGUCAGCUGUAUGGUUAGCGGUACCAUCGCGGCGCUCACCCACGACCGCUGCUACACUGCGUCCCUUUAUCCUGCUCGCCACGGACAACGCUGGCACGGCAGGAGGAGACCGUUGCAUCGGAUCAGUGUGGACAGGUGUUGAAAUACGUUACGCUAAUCAAGUUUGUUUUUAGUCACCUGUUUCUUUAAGUGGACAACCUACCUGUUAAGAGACACCAUAAGGGAAAUUUAGCACCACCACUCGGUGUCGUGUCACAUGUCUCCAUAGCAACCUGACUCGGGCCUCUAAUUAUAUACCUGUUAUAUGUGUUUCCAUGGUGAUGUCCACUACUGUAGACUUCAGUUCUGUACUUCUACUAACAGUGAUAACAGAGUUUAAGAAGCGAGGGAGCCUUCACCGUUCGUGAUCGCGCGCCCUGAGUUACCGCCUCCCUACCAUGCAGAUCGGCAGCGCUGUGGACUCGUAAACAUCUCUCGCACAUUAGACUAUGGGAACAUGACACUGCAGGAAGCCCCAUGUUAACAUGAACACAAGCAAACAGGACAACCUCUUACGGAAACGUUCAUAUUUGGAGGACUAGUAGUGAUUUAUCAGCAUAUCGUACAGUGUGGAGUGAUUCUCAGAGGUAGUACCAUGGGAAGCGCUGCCAGCAAUAUCAGCCCUCCUCCGUCCCCAACCAACCGGAAUCACAUCCCACAGCAAGCCCACGGGGAUACAGGGAAUGGACAAGACCAUGUGCUCAAGUCACGUGACCAGGUUGCCCCGAUUGUCAUCAAGGACUGUCGAGAGGAGUUCCAACGGUUGUCAAAGUUCAAGGACCCUAUCGUGAUGGGUAGGAUAGGUGACGGCAUGCCACGGCAUCCGCUCAUCAAGGGCAGGUACUUCCUGGUUGUAGAUGGAAUUACAGGAAGGACAGUUGAUAAUGACAACAAAUACCUGCACGCCUCUCAGUCGACCAAGUCAGCGUCUGGUGACCAGGCACCGGACAAAUGUGGUGACUUCAUACGGACAGACAAUACGUACCCCGUGUACGGGUGUGCCCAGCCAGAUCGGGAGGGUGUAUUCAGCAUUGUUCAACGCCUCAUCUCCAAACACAAGAGACUCCUUCUGUUCAACACGCGGGAGGAGGCUGUACUAUUCCCCACCGCCGUGAACGCAACAUACACCAUCAGACACGCUGAUCACCUCCACGACAUCGUCAACCUCGGCCAAUCAGACCCCGAGGCGAGCGAGAGAGAAGCGCGCAUCAGGAAGGAGGUUGUGGAUCUGAGUACUCUUGAUGACGUCAACAAGUUCUACUUCUACAACAGCGUCACAUGUCUAGACGGGGAGCCCCACGUGGUGGACAUCAAGUGCGAGGACGACUUACUAGUGGCGGAGGAGGUGUACACGCGCCUCUGCUUUACCUUCCCUGACUACAGGGCUCGCCGCCUGUGUUUCCCCGUGUCCGGAGCGCCCUCUAUAAAGGAGAUCGACAGCUUCCUGGCAGAGAUGAAGCUAAAUGUCAGACUUUGCGACCGAACGCCCGACCUCCCCGCGGUAUUGUUCGUGUGUGACAACGGCAAGGAACGGUCGACUCUGGGGAUGGUACUGACGUCACUGUUAUACACGCACCUGUCCACGUCCCCCGCACAGACCAGUAAAACCGUCUACCAGAUAAACGACAGGUGCCCCCACUACGGCCGCGGCGAGUUCCAGGCUGUUCGGGAGCUGGUGCGAGCUCUUCCCGACGGAGCUCUGCUGAAACACCAGGUGGACACCGUGAUUGACCAGUGCUCCGCGGGCACCAACCUGAGGAGCGCGAUCCUGCUGGCCAAGCAACAGCUGGAGACGAGCAGAGACCAGGCACAGAGGACAGAGUAUCGGAGCGAGUGUUCAUCCCUCCUGGAGCGGUACAUCACCAUCAUCUGUUUCAACGCAUACCUCAAGGAACAGGUCCCCAUGGGUCUCAGCAUUACGUUCUCUCAGUGGAUGCAAACUCACCCAAAUCUCGUCCGAAUCACUUGCCGUGCUGACAACAGCGAGAGGUCGCCACAACAGCUCCUCAUCCCACAAACUAGAGUUUUAGUAGCGGACGACUACAUAGGUUUGGAUGUGCUGGGGUCCCAGUGUGAUGUCCGGGUGGCCAACUUCCGCAAGUUGAUGGGGCUCCCGAUCUACGGCAUGGCGCAGGUCUCACGGGACGGUUUGUCCCGGGUUGUCAGUCAUCUACUAGACAAACGCCAGGGCUACAAGCACGUGGCGGUCAUAGGCCUCAGGAAUGACGUCACAGUAGAGUGUGAUGGCGCAACGUACAACGUGCGUGACGUCAGCAACCUGGAGGAACCUGUCCUGGUAGUGGAGACCACUGCAAAUGAAUUAGAGGAAAAAGAAGAAACGUUGAAGAAAGAAGUGAAGUCGUAUAAGGAACUAGAGGUAUACACGGAGACCAGCAGACCGCCAGUUGCCAUGGAGUUUGGCAGCGUCAUGUCGCCGGAAGAUCUGUGGGAACAGCAGAAGCUGCAAACACUUGAUAUGAGCUAUACCAGACUACCUAUACAAUACGACCACUCCCCUACUGAGAAGGAGUUGGACCAGAUCCAGGCUGCGGUCUGCAGCCAUCACACUUCCCAGCAGUCGUGGAGCGAGGACACAGUCGGUCUGGUGUUCACCUGCCGAACAGGGAAGAGCAGGACCUCCCUCGCCAUGGCUGUGGCGGGACUCAUCUUCUACCACAAGCGGGGAAUCCCCUAUGGAGCCAAACCAGGGGAAGAGGAGCGUGUGUCAUGCCCGAACGCCGCCUACACACAGGGAGACUUCAUUAUCGUCCAGAAGUUGGUGCGUCUGUUACCUGGGGGUCAGCAGGUGAAGCGUGAGGUGGACCUGGUGCUGGAUCAGGUGUUCGAGACCAUGAGCCCCAUGCACUUCCACCUCAGAGAGGUGAUCUUCGUCACCUACAACAAGAUCAAGAGUGCCCGGACCGAGAGUCAGAGACAGAGCGUCCAACGACUUAGCGUGGAACACCUGGAGAGAUACCUGCUACUGAUUCUCUACAACGCCUACCUCCAUCACCAGGGGGACUCAAACUGGGACACGACAUUCAGCCAGUGGAUGUGUGAGGUGGCUGCACGAGUGGGGGUGUACGAGCUGUUGGACAACCUGGCCUUCUACGACUUUGAGCAGACACUGUCUCAGUUCCGGACCCGGCGUGAGAGAUGGAGAGCGCGGAGACAGAAUCUCCCCUUCCAUGGGCACUUCAUCUGAGUGCUAGAUGUUCUAGAUCAGUGUCUGUCUUCUAAUGCUCCGUUGUGCUUGGCCAACAGAUAUGCCAGAAUCCCGAGGAGUCACACUUCACUAAACCUGCUCGUUCCACAUAUCAAAUGACCUGUUCUGAGGCACCUUCAGUGUUUGCCGCCCUCUCACCUGGAGCAGUACAUGCGCAGCAUUCUGGGUACAGAACAUCCGACGACGUCCCUCUAACGCUCGCCUGGUAAUCUCAGUGGUGGCGACUGAUGCACCUCUGUCACAACAAGUCCCGUACUUUAUUACCUAUCCAUGUUGUGUGUUGUGAAAUAUAUAAUUUUCAUACAC